AUGUCGAAUGUGGCGGAAGUCAUCGACGUGCCUCUCAAGAAGGAUUUGAUGGCCAAAUUUGAGUCCAGGUUAAUGGCGCCUCCAUCCGACGUCGAAGAUGCAUCAACUUCUACAGUCAAGAAGCCACAAACGACGGGAGAAUCACGUAUUGAUAAGCAAGACAACGUGUUGGAUUCACAAGAAGCCCUACAGGCGUCGAUGGUAAACUUACCACCACAUGCACGACCAUUCUCCGAGCCAAACAACGACACAGUCCAUUUGGAUGAGAUCGACCACACCCCGUCCCCUGCAGCCCUCUUCUACUCUUUCCUUCUUCAAACGAAACUCGCACCAAACACCACCGUCGAGCUGCAAUGGUUGCUCUCCCUUCUUGUCCAGAAAAAGCGGGACGCUGAAGCAACUUAUGCCAAGCAAUUUGCAUUAUCCGUCCUCAACACCAUUCCGUCGUGGCUCGAAGCGUACGGCGUGGAUGUGCUGAAACUUGUGAUCGAAACAUUCCAAAAAGCACUCGUUGCUACACCGUUGACCGAUCGUUUCGUGCAAUAUUUGGAGCAGUAUGAAGGUGAUCGCGCGACAGAAAGCCAAUUGGCUGGAGCACCACUUCCCAUCGAAAGUGAAGCAAUCCCGUCAACCCAUCGCAAUUUUGCGUUGCCAUUUCGAGAAGACACAGAUUCGAGGCUACACUUCCGCACUCCUCAGGAAAGCAUUAUCUUUACCAAUCGGGAAAAGGCGCGGGACGGGUUUCUUGCCCUCCUUCGGUCGUGGCAGAACGCUCGAUCGGCCAUUCGACGGCAAGAAGAUCAAAUUGUGCGGCAGUCGGCAUCGGCUGUGUUAGAUGAUCUGGUUGUGGAAAACCACUGGUGGUUUGCCCAAUUGUUUGUGAUGGAAUUGCUCCAAGUCGCAGUGAACCCCGUCGGCGAAUACGACCACGACCUCGUCCUCAAGAUCAUUCACGACGACAAGCAACUUAAGAACGCUGACCGAUUACGCAAAUUGCACCAACGCUUUACCCAUGUGCAGUCGUCGAAACAGACCAACUUGACGUUGGAAAAGCCAGGACCACUCGAUGCCUCAGGACAUGACCCAGCCGUGGACGACCCAUCGGCGUUUUCAGACAACCAACGGUUCUUCUAUGACUUUUUAGUUGCUACCAACCACUUUCAGUUCUCGUCGCUUGUGGCAAUGGUGCUUCAGGCCAACUUAAGCCAAACUCUUGCGACGUUUCCGAACACAUCGUCCAUUACUACCAUGCGAAAACAAUUCAGCGUCAAAGUGCUUCAAGCCAAGUUGCUGGGUAAGUUUCUCGGGUGGCUGCACUACGCUCCCUGCUGGGCAUCGCCAUGGCCGAGCAAGCACAAUGCUGCCAUGGAAGCCGCGACGCGCGAUGCUAUCAACAUGCGAAACCACGUCCAAGCACCGCUCGACGUUGCGUCUUACCUGGAGAUGGCGAUUACCGAUCACACAUUGAUGGCGCACAUUCCAUGGGUUUGCGACUACAUGGUGAUGGUUUCCAAGGAUCCGAUUGCGUGCGAUACGUUGUACUUCCAAAACGUGAUUGCAAAGUUGCAUCAAAUUUACUGCUCGCGUCGAUUGAAUCAAUUGCCGCGAGAGAACGCAUGGUUCUUAUCGUUGCAAUUGGAAGCUUUGUUGAAAGGCAAACACCAGCACUUGAUGUUUGCACGACUCCAGCACUCCACCACCGCUCUCGAUGAUCAAACCUUGUCAGUGCUGGAUGAACCGUGCCAAGGCAUGGAUGCAACGACGUUUCUCGUCAACAACUUGUUUGUCCAGUGCUGUGUCCAGGAUGUGCCUACAUUUCGUCGAUUUCUGCAAGCGAUCCACCAAGAUGAUAAACACGCCACCAGCCGCAAGGUCAAACUACGCCCUUUGGUCAUUCAAGAACCGUCACUCCUUGCACCGUCGUCAGACUCUCCACCGCCCAACACCAUUUCAACCACGAAGACUGCAUCACCGAAACAACGUGUGGAGUCUGCGCUGACCAUCGCAUUUUACAAGCAAUACCCGAGCGUUCAGCCCACGAUAGAGUUCGUUGUCGACACGACCAUGACGAAUGUGUGCCAUUUUGCCAACACGACGCUACUUCAGCCAGCUGCCGCGGCAUUUGUUGAGCGGCUCUUUGCAAAAGUCGAUCCGUCGCUUCCUAAAGACGAUCAGACUACCUGGAUGACUGCGCAGGUUCGACUGCAUCUACCAGCAGCCAAAACCCAGGCGUGCCGCCAAGCCCGUGAAGCUUCCCAGCCGUUUUGCAAGCAUCACAUUCCAUUAGCUAUGCAAUCUCUGUUGUCCCCAACCUUACCCAACUGUGUGAAGACCAUUGCGAUCGAUCUUGCCACGGAGCGGGCAGUCGCGAGUCUCGAGACGUUGGUCGAAACAAGUUUGGCCAUGGAGUUCUCAAAGCAUAUUGUUGCUCGCAUGCGAAAGUUGAAAAAGGAAACACCACCGCCUGUACCCGCGUCGACUGUAUCCACUUCACUGGAUGGAUUGUAUGCCCUCUCCAAGCUCAUUCUUGACACUCCCGGCGACAAAACUUCUCACGUCCAUGCAUUCGCUGACCUUGCGACGUGGCUUACCGUCUCCCCAAUUGUACUGUGUUGUUUGUUCGACACCGUUCCCCACAUUCCCCUUGAAGAUCCAUCCAUCUCGUUCGACAUCGUGCGCAUUCUCCGCCACAUCCUCAAAACUCCCCAAACGUUGAAGGAAGUGAAUGACUUUGCUACGUCUCUGGUGACAUCGACUGUAUCAGCCUCGUUGAAGCGGGACAAACCCGAGGCCGCGGUCCAGUUCAUCAAACUGGUGUGCGAUGAAUGGCCAUCCCUAGGCGGGUCAAUCCAAGCUAUUCUCGUCGAGCACGUCUCGACUUCAACGGGUAUCAUCCAACAGCUCUUCUUGCACAGUCGUGUAAUGUUUGCCUCCGCGAUGGCAAGCGCACACGUGGUUGGUUGUGUCGAUCAUCUCAUCCCCCAAUAA